AUGACUUUUCGAUUUGCGUGGUUUGUGCUGUUCAUUUCUGUAUGCUGCGCUGAAAAUGAUGAUUUCGAAGGAUCUGGCGAAGGAUCCGGAGAAGGAGAGGAUCUAUUGACCCCAGAAAAUCUUUGGCAGUCAUCGGCCGUGCAACAAGAUGAUGGUGGCAACGAUGUUUUGGAAUUCACUGGGACAUAUCCAGCAAAGGAAGGAUGUGGUGUGGAUUUGCUGUUUCUCUUGGAUACUUCUGGAAGCCUGGAGCAAAUCUAUACAAAGCAUAUUAAUUGGACCACCCAGUUGACCGAAGCACUACUAACUGAUAAGGAUCAAGUGCAUAUUGCCAUGAUUCAGUAUGCGGAAACGCCGACUAUCGAAUUUUCCCUUGAUACUUAUCGAAAUCCACGUGAUAUUACCAAUCAUAUUAUGACAAUUAAUUUCCAUUCUGGUGGUACCAGGACAGGUAAAGCGCUACUGGCAGCAAAAGUUGAAUUGUUUAGUGAGAAGAAAGGAGCCAGAAAAAAUGCUAGCAAAAUCAUUGUUCUAUUUACGGAUGGAUUAUCUGUCGAUGAUCCUGUAAAACACGCUCAACAGUUACGUGAAGUCGAAAAGGUCAAAAUUUACGUUGUAUAUGUUGGGUCAGACGGUUUUGAAUAUGAAAUGGACCGCAUCGCUGGCGGUAAAUCGAAUAUCUUCGGACCGCAUGAAUUCACUCGACUGAAAAGAAUAUUAAUUGAUGAAGUGGAAAAUGCCGAAAUGUGCGAAUCUCAGAAGGAAUGGGAAAUACCAACAGCUACCAUAAAAACAAUAACAAAUACAACAACAAGGAUCGAAUCAUUCCAGUCUUCAAGUAAGAUCGCCACAUCAACAAAACUGCAUACGACUAGCAGAACACGCACAUCAGCUACAACAUAUCCUACAUCACAUAAAUCAUUUACGAAAGAUACACAGUUGAAACAUAAGAACAGGAAAAUUCCGGCCAGACAAUUAACUGUCUCUGAAGAUCAGGAUGCGAAGGUUGCGGAAACAGAUGCACGAAAUAAAAUUAGCGAUGAAAAUACUGAUGAAGUACCAAUAAGUAUGGUGAAUGUUGACGAACAGUUUGUCGGAGCUAUAACUAUCCCCCAGCAAUCGACCUUCAGUAAGGAUCGCAGUGAAAAUGAUGAAGAAAGUGAGAAUGGUGUAACCCUUUCUAAAUUUACCAGGAAGCUACGAAAGGGACAUCCACGAGUAGAAGUGAUAACAUCGUCUACAAACUACCCAUUCACUGAAGGUCGAGAAACUUCACGGCCGGUAGAUCUCACGAGCAGUAAGACAACAUCAGCACCACGACAUGUGACAGUGCAACGUAUUUCAACUGCAAGAAAGUCAGGGAAAACAGGAUCAGCUGGAAGCAUUGAAAAAAGUCGAGGACAGUGUCCACGAGAAAUUUUAUUCAUCGUUGACAGUUCUGGGUCAGUGCAAAGGAUAUACGAUCAACAAAAAGAAUACCUUUUGUCACUGCUCAAUGAAUUACAAAUUGGUGAAGGCGACCAACGAGUUGCUUUGAUUCAAUUCGCUGGUAGUUCACAUCAGAGAGUUGAAUGGACAUUCGAUACAUAUAAAGAUAUCAGAGAUAUCGCGGAAGCACUGUCUCAAGUUCGACAUUUUACCGGGACGACAUAUAUCGGACGUGCACUGGAAAAUUCAGUCGAUGUUUUGGAAACUCGCAGACAAGGAAUACCAACAACUGUGAUACUUGUAAGCGAUGGAUUCUCGCAAGACGAUGCCAGUAAGCCAGCAGAAGAAAUUCGCCGAAUGCCAAAUGUUGAUUUUUAUGCUGUCAGCAUGUCACAGCUUAAUAAUUUCGAAUAUCUUACGAAACUGACGGAUGACCCAUCAAAGGUAUAUGUUGGACCAUCACGAAGUGAAGAUCUGAAACGAGAUUUGUUGAGCCUAAUUCACUGCAGUAUGUGA